AUGGACGGAGGACUGUUAGCUCUAUGGAAUCACCAGUCGAUGCAAAUCCUGGUGCUGCUCAGCCUCGGGCUCCAGUUCGUCCUCUUCAUCUUGGCUGGGGUCCGCCGGCGUGAAGAUGCGCCGGUUAGAAGGUUCAUCCUCUGGCUAGCAUACCUCAUGGCUGACUCCACUGCCAUAUAUGCCGUUGGGCACCUCUCGUUCAGCAGCAUCGUGCAGGUGCAUCCGCUCGUCACGUUCUGGGCGCCGUUCCUCCUGCUGCAUCUCGGCGGCCCGGACAACAUCACCGCCUACGCGCUCCAGGACAACCAGCUCUGGCUUCGCCACCUCCAAACCCUCGCCGUGCAGGUCCUCGGAGUAGCCUAUCUCCUCCUCUACCAGAACAUCGCUGGCGGAAAUUUGCUUGGGCUCGCCACCGUCUUGAUGUUCGCCCUCGGUGUCGUCAAGUACGGGGAGAGGACUUGGGCGCUAAAGUGCGGCACCCUGGAGAGCAUCGGCGUCUCCGUCAAGACGCAACCACCGGCCAUCCACAACCAUUUCCACCCUCAGGACAUGGCGCUGCCCGAGGAGUUCCUCCUGCGAAGAGCACACUCGCUGUUCCACAUCUGCAAGCGCGCAAUUGUCGAUUCCUCGGUGAUUGAGGAGGACACCAUGGAAGGCCACGAAGAGUACACUGCCGAAAUGAUGGAUGGAGUGGAGCUAUGGGCGCUGAUGGAGAUCGAGCUCUCCCUCAUGUAUGACCUCCUGUACACCAAGGCGUCCGUGGUCCACACCUCGUUGGGUUACCUGGUUCGUGCCGUCUCGCCGCUCGUCGCUGCUGCCUCGCUGGUGCUGUUCCACUUAGCCAGCAAGGACGGCCACAAUACAGACGACAUUACCAUCACCUACAUCUUGCUGGGUGGCGCCUUAUUUAUGGAGACGACGUCACUCAUGAACGCGCUAGGAUCUUCAUGGACAUUUGCAUUCCUGAGCAGCACCAAGUGGCACUGGCUUAAAUACACAGCCCUGUGCAGCCGGAGGUGGGACAGGCUUCGGCUCCUGGUUGUGUCUCUUCACCAUGUUGUCAAGCUCAAGGGAGGGUCUCCUAGCGCCAGCAGGUACAGGUCAAGGAGGUGGUCGGGCACCAUCGGGCAGUACAACAUGCUGCAUUUCUGCACUCGCCCUGCCGACACACUCACCACCCCUCUGCUCGGAAGGCUUGCAGACCUGGUUGCACCCAAUGAGUGGUGGAACAAGAAGCAUCACUCAGGGACCGUUCAACUGUCAAAACCGGUGAAAACAUUCAUCUCUUAUUACAUGAAACGGCUGUACAGCAAAGGGGAGUACGACACGGGCAUGCUGAGGAAGAAGUGGGGCGAGGACCCGCUGGGCCGUCUUGGACUGUACAAUGAAGGCAGCAUCCUCAAAGAAUCCCUCGGUGUCGAGUUCCAGGAGGGCAUCCUCAUCUGGCACCUCGGCACGGAUGUUUUCCUGGCCAAGAGCCGCACAGCCAAGGCCGAGGACGCAGCGGAGCGUGUGGAGGCCAUCAAGAUGCUAUCCAACUACAUGAUGUUCCUCCUGGUGGAUCGCCCCUUCAUGCUGCCUGGCCAGCCCCAAAACAGGUUGUACCAACGGACCUGCGACAAACUGGUCAGCAUGCGAUCGGCGAAUCCCAAGUACCCGACCCGUCGAUGCAGUGGUAGGAUCAAGAAUCUAUUCAGCGUGUACGACGGCCCAGGUUCUAGCAGCUCCAGAUCUGCCACCGAGAUGAAGGACCUCGCCAACAACUUGUACGAUGCGUAUGUGAACCGGGAGGUAACCAACGUUGCACCUCGUCUCACUCACGUCGCAAGACUUGCCGAGAAGCUGCUGGAGAAGGAGGGAGAUGGCACGGCCAACACCUUGAAGCUUGUACUUGAUGUGUGGACGGACAUUCUCGUCUACGCUGGAAACAAGUGCAGCAGGAACUCCCAUGCCCAGAAGCUCAACAGUGGCGGCGAGAUGACUACCAUCCUUUGGCUUAUGGCAGAAUACCUAUACCAAGCAUCUCUCUAG